AUGGCCAACAAUCGACAAACUCCCCUCCGGGAUAACUGGAAGGUGAUACUAAUUUGCGGCAGCGUGGCCCUCUCCAACUGCCAGUAUGGCUUCGACACAGCGACCAUGGCCUCCUUCCAGGCGAUGCCCGGCUUCCUGCGGGUCUUCGGCUACCCGGACCCUAAGCUACCGAACGGCUGGGGCAUCGACACCGUCAGCCAGCAACUCAUGACCUCCUUCCUCAACGUCGGGACCAUGAUCGGCGUGUUAUUCACCGCACUUUUCGGCCGCUAUUUCGGUCGCCGCUACGGUAUCUGGAUUGGCACCUUGUUCUGCUACGCCGGGUGCGCUAUCCAGAUCGCUGCUACGAACGUCGCGCAACUGUGUGCGGGACGCGCACUUCUAGGCGUGUCAAAUGCCUAUUUCAUGACCUUCUCGAAUGCGUACAUCUCCGAGUGCGCACCGCCGCAUCUACGAACCAUCCUGGCCGGCGCUUUCGGUCUGACCUCUGCGGUCGGCAGCCUCCUGGGCGCCGUUGUACCCAUGUUUACGAGGGACCUACAGAAUAAGCACAGCUAUCAGAUAGGUUUAGCUUGCUUGUUCUUCUUCCCCACUCUGAUUUCGAUUGUAUGCUUCGUCAUCCCCGAGUCUCCACGGUGGCUCCUGGUGAAAGGACGGACAAUCGAAGCAGAGAAGGCGCUGGCAAGGCUUCGAGGAAAUUCCCUCCGUCCAGAUAUGCUAGAGGAGGAAUUCGUUGAGAUGGUCCGGGGCAUUGAGGAGGAAAAGGCCCUCGCCGGGUCGGCUGCAUUUACGGACCUUUUCAAGGGCACAAAUUUGCGGCGUACAAUUAUCUGUAUCGGUGCGGUUACUUCGCGAGCUUCUGCCGGUUUUUGGGUCUUUCUCUCCUAUGGGGCCUACUUCUAUCAGCAAGCUGGCAUUAAGGACCCCUUCGCUAUGCAGCUAUAUAAAAUUACCGGAAGUAUCGUUGGGUCGGCGUUAGGCAUCUUUCUCGGCCACAGAUUCUUUGGCCGUCGUACAAUUCUUCUCUUUGGAACGGCGUGGGCGGCGAUAGCCAUGUUCGCAGCGGCGUUGGGGGGCACCAUCGCGCCAGGAAGCCAGGCCUCGGCUAAGAACUUUAUUGCGUGGUCCGUCGUCUUUGGGGUUUUGUAUUCCGGCUUCUCAUCCAUGAUCACCUGGCCCAUCUCCGCCGAGGUAGUCAAUUCUCGUCUGCGACUUUAUAGCCUCUCGUUGGCCACCGGGAUCGACUAUAUCUUCGCUUGGCUCACUGCUUUCACUUCCCCGUACUUCAUCAACCCCAAGGCGCUGAAUUGGGGUGUCCGAUACUGUUGGAUCUGGGCAGGGUCCAAUGCCAUCACGUUUGUCUUCUUUUGGUUCCUGCUCCCUGAGAUGAAAGGCCGCUCCCUUGAAGAGAUCGACGAGAUGUUCGAGAAGAGAGUUCCCAUCAGGAAAUUCGCUACAUACGAAUGCGAAUGCACGAAGCAAGCCCACGACCUCGUCGUCGAGAAGGCAAAGAUUGCCCACACUGAAGAUAUUGAGAAGGAGGCCAUGGAAAAUCCGAAGAGUGGCGUGUCAAGCUAA